AUGGGCCUUCCAUUAAUGGACGAGAAACGUCCAUUUCCGAGUCGGACCCGAUCCUUUCGACGCAACCGGCCUCUCCUCAACACCAUCAUCAUCGCCGUACUCCUAUUCUUAGUAUAUACAUUUCGCCCAUUUACCGGCUAUGGCAGCGUCACAGUGUCAUUCCGCACCGGCCAGACCAGCAGCUUCCACGAGACCGAUGACUCGGAGUCGGCGACCACGUCUACCGUCAAGGGCCUUGUCCCCCUGGAAGCGCACAUCAUGAGCAAAUGCCCAGACGCCAGGGACUGUCUACGAGAUAUGGUCCUGCCCACGAUGAUGCGAGUCAACUCCAAGGUCAACUUUACACUGUCCUUUAUCGGAAAGCCCACCGAUUCCAACGACGGCAUUGCGUGCAAGCACGGACCCAACGAGUGCAUGGGCAACAUUAUCGAGUUAUGCGCCGCGCACCACUACCCAGAUCCCAAGAUCUAUCUUGGAUUCGUCAUGUGCCUGACGAGAGAUUACAAAUUGAUCCCACAGCGUGAGCUCAUCGAGGACUGCGCGCUGGAGCACGCCGUUGAUUUCGAGUUGUUGAACGAUUGUGCCACCAAAGACGAUGGCGCUUUUGGCAUCUCGUUGCUGAGGGACAGUGUGAAGAGAUCAAGCGAUGUAAGGCUACCUUAUUUCAACCAGUUGCUUUGUGGUCUAGCUUCAAGUCUAUGGAACAUUUGCUAA